AUGCGUCACUGCAAUAAUGGGGGACUGUCUUUUUUAGCUGCACUAAUGUCUCUGUUUCUACUCCGCUAACUUGCGAGUUACGAGAUUAAACAACUCGCCCGCAUUGCACCUCACAGUUGAUGCUGAAGAAGGCGUCCACCAUGAGCACAGACUCGGCAGGCCAGAGUGGGGCCUGCAGGAUCAUGACCUUCAGCCCAUCCUCAGAGGAAUUCAAAGACUUCAGCCGCUACAUUGCCUACAUGGAGUCACAAGGGGCGCACAAAGCCGGAAUGGCAAAAGUGAUUCCCCCAAAAGGCUGGAGACCCAGGAAGACUUACGAUGAUAUCGACAGCCUGGUCAUCCCUGCUCCCAUCCAACAGGUGGUGACAGGCCAGUCGGGCCUCUUCACUCAGUAUAACAUCCAGAAGAAACCCAUGACGGUUGAUGAGUUCCGCAAGACCUCCAACAUGGACAAGUUUUGCAAUCCACGAUAUGUUGAUUUUGAUGAACUGGAAAGAAAGUUCUGGAAGAAUCUAACCUUCAACCCUCCCCUCUAUGGAGCGGACGUCAGCGGAAGUCUCUACGACCCGGAUGUGACUGAAUGGAACAUCGGCCGACUCGAUACCAUCUUGGACACGGUGGAGCACGAGAGUGGAAUCAAGAUCAAAGGAGUGAACACACCUUAUCUUUACUUUGGCAUGUGGAAGAGUGCCUUCGCCUGGCACACGGAGGACAUGGACCUCUACAGCAUCAACUACCUUCACUUUGGAGAGCCUAAGUCAUGGUAUGCUGUCCCGCCAGAACACGGGAGGAGAUUGGAGCGACUUGCCAAGGGUUUUUUUCCUGGCAACGCUCAGAGCUGUGAGGCCUUCCUGCGCCACAAGAUGACUUUGAUUUCACCUUCGAUCCUGAAAAAGUACGGAAUACCAUUUGAAAAGGUCACGCAGGAGGCAGGCCAGUUCAUUGUGACCUUCCCGUUCGGCUACCAUGCAGGGUUCAACCACGGGUUCAACUGUGCCGAAUCCACAAACUUUGCCACUCAGAGAUGGAUCGACUAUGGCAAGCAAGCCACGCUGUGCUCAUGCCGCCAGGACAUGGUGAAGAUCUCCAUGGAUGUUUUUGUGCGCAAGUUCCAGCCGGAGCGUUACAAGCUGUGGAAGGCAGGAAAAGACAAUGCUCCUAUCGACCACUCCCAGCCUACACCUGAAGCCGCAGAGUUCCUCAAAGACCCGAGUGUGACCCCGAAAGAGCGGCCACUUGUUGCCGAAUGCGACCAUACGGCAAACCCUGCCCAAGAGAACAGCAGUCCAAAACUUCAGAGGGGGACAAAACGGGUAUUGGAAGCCUCUGAAGACAUCAAAGCUGAUACAGAUGCAGAGGAGGCGGAGCCAAAGAAGGUCAAGCUGACUGCCAUGGAACCUCCAGCUCAAGGUACACGAGACCCGGCAGUCAAAGUGGAGUCACAGCCACAGGAAGAAGAGGAAGAAGGCAUCAAGCAAAUACCUGCACUGCAAAGUCAGACAAGAAUCGAGAACAGCACGCCACCUUCCGAUCCAGGCCAGGUGGUGGCGCUGUGCUCGAUGCAGGCGACUGGCAGCGGCGAGGAGGCGGAGGUGGGCGCCGGCUUGGCGCACAAAGUCUUCCAGAGGACGCUGAGCCCUGCCGACGUCUUGCACGUGCACAGUUACGCCAAGGGAGACUAUGCCGAGGAUGAGGCCCCGCCCAAAGAGGAGGAGGAAAAGAAGGAGGAGGAGAAGGAGAAAGAGAAAGACAACAGUGUAAAUGUUAUUGAGGCAAAGAAAGACGUCAUCAAACAGGGGGCAAAAGUGGCUAGAAGCACCACAGAGGAGAGUGAUCUUGGUCAGCUGCCUGGCCACCACCCGCUCAUCAAGGACGGUUUGAGCGAUGAAGAGGCUACAGAGGAGGCAUCAUCCAUGGAGGAGGGGGGUCUGGAAGGGGAGGGCUGGGCCAAACCUCUGGCCCACCUGUGGCAAAGCAGACCCCCCAACAUGAAGAAGGAGAAAGAGUACAACCAGAGGAUGGGCUCCAAGCCUCCAUACUGCUCCAUCUGCACGCUCUUCCUCACAUACCAGCAGACCGAGCGUGUGAGUGGUACCAACGCUCCCGUCAUGGUGGGAGGAGGUCGGAUGCGGACCAAGCCGCUGAUCCCGGAGACGUGCUUUGCCACCACCACAGAGGAAGACGCUGAGUGCGAGGAGCCACCACUCACGCCUCACCUGGAGGAGGACGGCACCAGUCUGCUUAUCAGCUGCUCGCAGUGCAGCGUCCGCGUCCACACCAGCUGUUAUGGCAUCAACCCAACCAGAGUGAGCAAGGAGUGGAAGUGUGCACGCUGCAAAGCCAACGCCAUGAUGGAGAACUGCUGUUUGUGCUGCCUGAGGGGCGGAGCCCUGCAGAAGGCCAACAACAACAAGUGGGUGCACGUGCUGUGCGCGGUGGCCGUGCUGGAGGCUCGCUUUGUCAACAUCACUGAGAGGACUCCCGUGGAUCUGAGUGGGAUUCCCCUGCAGAGAUUUAAACUGAAGUGUUACUACUGUAAGAAGAGGAUGAAGAAGGCGUCGGGCUGUUGCGUGCAGUGUUCACAUGGCCGUUGUCCCACUGCCUACCACCCCACAUGCGCACAGGCUGCCGGCGUCCUCAUGCAGCCUGAUGAGUGGCCCUUUGUGGUGCACGUAACCUGUUGUCGACACAAAGGCCCCGCCCAGAUCGAACGUAACAAGGCGGCCAUGCACGAGCUGACGGUGGGCCAGAAGGUCAUCUGCAAGCACAAGAAUGGCCGCUACUACCAGUGUGAUGUGGUCCAGCUCUCCAAGGAGACCUUUUACGAGGUCAACUUUGACGACGGCUCCUUCAGUGACAAUCUCUUCCCCGAAGACAUUGUGAGCCGAGACUGUGCCCAGCUCGGACCUCCGCCCCAGGGCGAAGUGGUCCAGGUGCGGUGGACGGACGGCCUUGUGUACGGUGCCAAGUUUGUGGCAUCACGCGUUGUUCAGAUGUAUCUGGUGGAGUUUGAAGACGGCUCACAGCUGACGGCCAAGCGAGACGAUGUCUACACGCUAGACGAGGAGCUCCCCAAGAGGGUCAAGUCCAGAUUGUCCAAAGCGUCGGACAUGAGGUUCGACGGCAUCUUUGAGGACAAGGAGAUCAUCCAGGAGUCCAAGAGGCAGCGGGUCAUCAACUCACGAUACCGUGGCGACUAUAUCGAACCCGUCAUCUACAGAGCCAUCAUGGAGUAGAGCCAUCAUGGACAACUUACAUCAGGACCACUUUGGACUUUUUCAUGAUCUAUUUUUUAACCUAUUUUAAAAGGGCAGCAGGACGAGGAGGCCAGGAAGCUUCACCUCACUCUCGUAUUUACCUCACUUUUUAUUUUCUGGACAGCGUCUUCAUGCCAUCCUGGCCUGUGACAUCAUCAAACAUGUCUAAGGUAACACACACAUACACGGUCCAAUCAGUCAUUUUCAAGGUGUCUUUAUCAUUUCACGUUUUGCCGAGUUGGUACCUAUCUUCGAACCAUGACUGUUGGUCUUUGAUUAUGAAUUUGAUACUAACUCAUUGCUUUCUAACACCAUUUUUAUUACAAGCACGGACAAAAUAUAGAUUAGAGCAGUCGCCGUUUUCUUUCCAAAAGUGUGCUCCAACUUUUAGCUUCUGUCAGUGUGUCUUCUGAUUGGCUAAACAAAGCUUCACAUAUAACAUUAGGAACAAGCUAGGCCAUGAAUAUUUACUUUCCAAAGCCUGCGUGCUUAUGCUAAUGUUCAGCUAGUGCGAUCGUACUUGUACGACACCAUGUCCGUCAGACACUUGGUGCCACUAAUAUAACGGCAUUCCUUUUUAUGAACCAUUCCUAGAUGCUCCGUCUAUUUUUUCUACCGCAUAGAUACAUUUAAAAAAAGAUUUAAUUCAGAUUUUUUUAAAACAUAACUUCUAUUACCCCCCCACCCCCAAGGUUGUACUUGGUAAUUUAAGUAUGCGAGGAUGUCGCGGUCUGUGUGUGCGCUACUUGCUUUUAGCGGACAUAGGUAGCUUUUGAUUAAGUAAUAUUAUUCAUAUUUGUUUUGUAAAACAUCUUUCUAUGUGUAUUUUCUGUGUAAAUGUCAUUUAUAUGUAGACAAGAUGAACUUCCAGAUAUUCAAGUGUUUUUGUACAACAUUAAACACAAAUGAAUAAUAUUAACUAUAGAAACCU